CAAAUCAUCUCCUUAUCCGCUUUCCCUCUCCACCCGAAAGCACAAAACCAAUACAUCAACCAAAAAAAUCCAGAUCCCAUCACCCAAUUUUUCUACAGAGAUAAAAUGGCUGAGGCAAUCAUGGGUUUCACCAUAAUGAAACCAAAUUUCCAUAAUUCUUAUGCCCAACCAACAAAAAUGGACAUCAGCCCAUGUUCAAGAUUGCUCAGGCAAUGUUCCAGCUCUAGGUUUAACAAUGGCUGGCAUCAGACUGAGAGCAGCAAGAGCAAAAGAGCCUCUCUAUGUAGGGUGAAUGCACUACCAGAUUGGCCUUUGAUGGCAGUUCUGGUUGAGCAUGUUGAAGGCCAGAGAGACCUUAUAACCCACAAAUCCAUAUGGCAUCUCAAUGAUGAGACCAUUAAGAACGUCUAUACUUUUUACAUUAUGUUCACAUGUUGGGGAUGUUGUUUCUUUGGUUCCACAAAAGACCCAUAUUAUGAUUCAGAGCAGUAUAGGAAAGAUGGAGGAGAUGGCACAGGGCAUUGGGUCUACGAAAAGCAAGAAGACAUAGAAGAAGCUGCGAGAGCAGAACUGUGGAGGGAGGAACUCAUCGAGGAGAUUGAGCAGAAGGUGGGAGGACUGCGAGAGUUGGAAGAAGCUGGGCGGAAAUAAGAAUAUAUCCUAUGAAUGAAUGAACCAUACCCAAAAACCAUAGUAAAUUAUCAUCUCAUCACUUCCAUCCUCUGCUUUUAUGAUUAUAAAAAAAAAUCCAUGCACUUGAUUCGAUUA